AUGGCUCCCAGACUGCACCUGGUCCGCCACGCAGAGGGCGUGCAUAAUCUCGGGAUGGCCUAUUGGUCUCUCGUAGACCCGCCUCUGACCGAUCAGGGCAGAGAGCAGUGCUCUAAGCUCCGAGCGAAUUUCCUCUCACAUCACCGCGUCGAACUUGUCGUAGCCUCCCCCAUGCUCCGUGCCCUAGCCACCGCCGUGGAGAGCUUCCAGCCGCUGUUCGAUCGUCUCCCCGACGCGAGUCUAGUAGCAUUGCCCGAUCUCCAGGAGAUCAGUAGCUUCCCCUGUGACAUUGGGAGUGAGCUGCCGGCACUGAAAGCGAAAACAGAGGAGUUGGGGACUCACAUCGAUUGGAGCCAUGUCGAGGAAGGGUGGACGAGCAAGGACGGACGAUACAAGCCCACCAGAGAAGCCAUCCAAGAGCGGGCUCGUGCCGUCAGACGGUGGCUCUACGAGAGGCCGGAAACAGAGGUGGUGGUGGUCACGCAUGGGGCCUUCUUACACUUCCUGACCGAGGACUGGGAAGACAGUUGUGUGUACGAAGGAACGGGCUGGGCCAAUACUGAGUAUCGCACGUAUGACAUGACCGCUGCUCUGGAGGAUGACGAAAUCACGCUGGUGGAGUGUGGCACCUCACGGGUCCGCCGUGGUAAAUCUUAUGGGGUAUCUUCACCAGAUGAACAAGGUCGACUGUAUGGGAUUACGCUGCAGGGGUGGGAGGAACAGGGCUAUUUGUUGAAUGGGAUGCAGGAGCAGGAGAUCUCGAAUAUCACCCCAAUGGAGGUGGCGGGAUGAGAGGGAGGGUCCGUCUCGAGAGGCUCUCAACCCGAGCAAUGCUCAUUUACUAUUCUUAGUUAUCUUGAACCUCCACUAUUGAAAACGUGUCAUAACCCCUCCCUAUACUGUACUGU